GUGCUUAUUUACUUGUACUUUCUCUACAAUUAAACCAGUAAAAUCCCCAGCACGUAUGCGUUCUCUUCUUAGUUAGCUCAAUAUAGCAAUUAACCGAUCGCAAUAGCAGAGGAACUCUCAUGGCUCCUGUGGUACCCAGAUCCGGAGACGCCAUUUUCGCCAACGUCGAACGAGUGAACGCAGAGCUUUUCACUCUAACGUAUGGAGCAAUCGUGCGCCAACUGCUGACUGAUCUGGAGGAGGUUGAUGAGGUCAAUAAACAGCUCGAUCAAAUGGGUUAUAAUAUAGGAAUCAGGCUCAUAGACGAGUUUCUGGCAAAGUCUAAUGUUUCAAGGUGUGUUGAUUUCAAGGAGACAGCUGAAGUCAUUGCCAAGGUCGGUCUCAAAAUGUUCCUAGGAGUUACUGCAACAGUGACAAAUUGGGAUGUUGAGGGAACAACAUGCAGUCUAAUUUUGGAGGAUAACCCCUUGGUAGACUUCGUUGAGCUCCCUGAUACCUGUCAAGGCCUAUAUUAUUGUAACAUCUUAAGUGGAGUAGUCAGGGGAGCAUUGGAAAUGGAAGGUUUUUAAUUUUAAGCAAAUACGGAAGAACUGCCAUGCUAUUUGAGAGUCAUUAAACAACGUUGGUUCCUGCUCCUUCUGACUUUAUGUUACAGCAUAUUGGUGUUUUCGUCGUAGUUCAUCUUAUUUAUCAUCUGGUCGUUAUUGCAUCCAUGCUACAGUACAUCCCCAUAAAUAUUGAUUUCAUUCUCUUGCUUUGGUACCUGGAAAGAGUCAAGUGGUUAUUUACAUAAUCUGUCAUGGAUAGUUGCAUAGCUCUCUUCUGGAAACUGGUAAUUGUAUUAGUUGAAGAGGGGUUGCUCCUUAAACAAGAUGUGAUUACAAAAAAUUCACUAAGCUUAUACAUGAUUCUCUGUAAAUAGUAUCCAAUCAUCAAUGCUUACUUGGAUAUUAAAGGCGUGCCAAAAGUGUCAAAAAAAAGAAAAAAAAAAGGAUUUCUCUAUAAUCUGUACGUUUUUCAACUCCCUCAAACCCUUUUCUGUAUUUUCCUUUCCAAACCAUCCAAUAAGGGGCCAAAGGUUCCAUUUCCUG